AGCAUGCAGAGCAUCACCCCUGCCCUAUAUUGACACACAAUAAAAAUCCCCCCCAAUAACCACAAAUCGGUUCAUUCCUCGUGCAGAGAGUCGAGCAAACAUCCAGAAUGCCUGUCGACUACAGUGGAACAUGGGACAUCGUCAGUAAUGUCAAUUUUGAGGCGUACAUGGUUGCACUUGGCAUUGAUUUUGCAACACGCAAGAUUGCCUCGAUGCUGAAGCCGCAGAAAGUGAUUAAGCAAGAUGGAGAUCAUUUCACCAUCCAGACAUUCACUACUUUCAGAAAUUAUGAGUGUAUUUUCAAAAUUGGAGAAGAAUACCAAGAAGUGACAAAAGGACUGGACAACCGGACGUGCCAGACUGUGGUCAACUGGGAAAAUGACAAGCUGGUGUGUGUUCAGAAAGGAGAAAAGAAGAACAGGGGGUGGAAGCACUGGAUUCAAGGAGAUGAGCUUCAUCUGGAACUCACUUGUGCCGAUCAAGUCUGCAAACAAGUUUACAAAAGGACUCUGUGACGUUGCCUUUUGAAAGCGUUUCAAACUUCACGUUUUGUAUUUCCAUGAAAUGCGCUAAGCCACAUAAUGCUGCCAUAAUAAAAAGCUUAGAAUUCAA